AUGUCAGAUAUAGGGCCAGUUUAUUCAACGGGCCGCGGAGGAGCAGGCAAUGUCGUGCACCAGUCUGCAGCCGAUGAGGUUGUUGUGCCGCACGAAACUCACAGCUCAUUCAAACAGGACGAACACGGCAAGUUCCAUUACCCCACAGGCAGGGGAGGGGCGGGCAACGUGACGGAGCUGGAGGCUGUUCCCAGCCCGCGGGAGGACCCUGCUGCCAUCAAGGAGGAGCUGAGUCCGGUGUUUUCUACUGGACGAGGCGGCGCGGGAAAUAGAGUGCACGUUAAGGAUUCAAGCGCCAUUGAACCGGAACUGGAGCAGCAGGUGUCGCCAGUCCAUAUGACUGAGAGUUCGCAGAAGAAAGCCUCGCUGUCCGCUGGCAAGACCAGUGGUGGCAUUAUCGGCAAACUCAAGAAAAUCUUUAAAUGA